GCACAGACAUGAGCACGGCAGGUGUUCAUCGAGGUUUCCUCAGGAAAUAUGGGGGCUUCAUGUUCAAGCAGUGGAAGGAGAAGUACGUGGUCCUGACCAUGGAGGGGACCCUGCUGGUGUGCCGGGACGCCGAGUCCCCCCCGGACCAGGUGGUCGCCCUCCAAACACACUGCGAGUCGGUCGCUGAGGGCCGGGACAUCCUGGACCUGCCCAAACUGCCCCCAGGGGGCAGGAGGGACUGCUGCUUCGCCAUCAUCCUGCAGCAGAGCAAGUUCCUGCUGCUGCUCACAGACAACCCCGAUGACUGCAGUCUUUGGCUGAAACUGAUCAGGAAAGUGAGAGAGGGUGUCAUGUCCCCUCUGACCAUUCAGAGGCACCGCAGCCUCACGCCCUGCAUCACAGACAGAGAGCCCGACUCCUUCAGUGAGAGAGAGCCCGGCUCGCCCCGGGUGGGCGACGGCACGCCGCCCUUGCUGUCCCGAGUCACCGAACGAGGAGGCUCCUUCAGAGAAAGAGGCCAAAGCCCAGUUGGUCUGCGGCGGACCGUACGCAGCGCCUCCGUGGCGCCGCCCCACCGGGUGUCCGACUGCCUUCGCCACGGCAACAGCAGCGACGCCCGCGCGGUGAGGGCGGUGUGCCUGCUGAUGGGAGGGGCGGCGGCCUCCUCCGCUCUGGGCUACCUGAGCUCCUGCUCCCCCUCCUCGCCGCUCGCCGCCAGGGCGCCGGAGCUGGCCCACGGGGCCGGGGGCUUCUCCGAGCUGCCCCCGGCCGGCUCCUUCCACGCCUGCAGCCAGGACGUCGACUCCCCACAAUUCAACAGCUUCGACUUCGAAGCAGACUCCGACUUUGAUGCGUUUGACUGUGGAGGAUUCGCUUUCUAAUCGUGACAAGGAAGACUCUUGAAAAGCCCCUUUAU